CCUAAAUGUCAAGAGUCCCAUGUGCUACACAUCGAAUUUGUGUCCAUGUUAAUCCUACGGCUAUUUAACAGCCUCAACCGCCAUGCCAAAAGGCCAACCACAAUCCUCUCUCACUCCUCCCUCCCUCCCCCAACUCUGCAGCGUUCCUCUUCCGCCAUGCCAAGAACCCACAUCCCCGUUAUGAACGUCGGAACUUCUCCACCAAUCUCAGCUGGCAGCACUAUGGAGGAGGGUGGUCGGUACAAAUCUCCACCGGCAGCACACAAAUGUAUAUUCCAUCUCCUCAACAGCUUAGGAGUUCUCCUCCAGGUGAAGCAUGCGACCGGAAAUUUACCGUCUCCAUUUGUCACAGACCACAACACUGUUGUGAUGUUGAUUGCUGUUUUACUCACUUACAUGGGGACAUUGAAGACUGCCAACAUUCUCCAAGCUUCCAACAAUACAAAUAUAUAUGAACUGAUGAACAACAUCAGCCUCUUGUGUGGAACUCUUGCGUUGGUUCUACUGGUGCUCCUCCUCGUUCCAGCUUUCGGGUGGUUUAUGUAAAGAUGUAUUAGGUGGUUCAGAUUUAGACAAGUGUACGUAGAUUAGGUUGCUAGGUAGUUAAAGUUUGUUAACUUACUUAGUGACUAAGAUAGCCUUGUCUAUAUAUAUA